AUUUAUCACAUUAUCUCUAUAUUACCCAGUAUUUUCAUAUACCAAUUAGAAUAAGUGCAUUUUGAAUAUCACAAUCGUAUAAUUUGAAAAAUAUUUUAAAUUACAUAAAUCCUUAUUCAACGCUCUGGUCAAGAGAAAAUUCUAAACUUCGUUUUGACAAUCUGACAUUCAGAAUGACAUUUCGAUACCAACGGUAGAAAAAAAAAAAGAAUAUUCAAACAGUUCAAACUGCAACGGUGAAUAACAACAUUUCAUUGAAACGACUGUUAUGAAAUUGUUUGUUUAUUAGUAUUCUCGUAAUAUUCACAUGUGAUUCAAAAUAAAAGCUUUAAUAAAAUAAUAAACUUGUAAAAAUAAAAUAGUUUGUGUACCGUCAUACCAUGUUACAAAAAUGGAAGCUUAUUAUUAACAAUUGGAUAAACUGUUACUUCAACGAAAACAAUCAAGAUGAACGGACCGUUAACAUAGAAUCAUUACUGAAUAUAAUAUCUCAUUUACAUGAGAACCUCAACCUAGAUGAAUCCAAGUCGUCUAUAUUGGAAGCGCAUACAGUCGAGGGGUUUUUGUUAGAGAAGUAUCCAGAAUUUAAAUUUGAAAAUGGAACAGUUGAAUCAACUAAUGAGGAUGAUGCAUAUCUGGUCGCAUCAUUGUUGCUUUUCUUUGUAUGUGUAAAUUCUAAGGACGUGGACAUAAAGAGUGCGAUGUGUAGCAAGCUGAGUGGUGAUGAUCAAGAGAUUAUCCUUAAAUUCACCAAGAGCCUACUGGAGUGUAGUCCUAUUACACUCAGGGACCUACAGGCAGCUAUUACAGAAGCAUGUGGACCAGAAAUGGUGUCUGGGCAAGUGAAAGUAGCAGAAACACCACCGGCUUUGCGUUCAUUGCACGGUGAGGUACGGAGACUGCAGGCAGCACUGGAUGCUGAGAGAUUUGAUCGGAAUUAUCUGCAAGAAGAACUGGCUAGGACUAACUCGAGGCUGGAAAAACUAAUGAAAGACAAGGAACAGUACAAGCUGGAUAUAGUGAACUUGAAGGCUAAGAUAUCCAUGUGUUGCGGUGACGACCAGGUUCAGCGCGGGACGGAAGCUGAAGCGGAGUCCUCUGGGAAACUGCAGCGCCAGCUCCAGGAUAUGGAGGAACGCCUCGUCCGUACCCAGGAGUCACUCGAUGAUGUUACUUACGAACGGGAUACUUAUAAAGCUAAGGUAGAGGAGCUGAAACAAGACCGCGACAAAUGGUUGUCUCUCAGCCAGCAAGAGAGUGAGCGUGCUAUACAGCUGGGCGAGGAGUUGGAGGUGGAACGACGGCAUAUGCAGGCCUUGAAAGAGCUGGUGAACGAACUGCGCCAGCACAACCGACGCAACGGCCUCGACACUAGCCUACUCGAGUGCGACGACCCUGACGCCAGCAUACAGUCCUUACAACAUAAUCUCUCUGUUUGUAGUGAGGCCUGCGCUAACGUGGUGGAAGUGCAAUUAGGCGAAGAGCGAGCUAAAGUUGAUGCUCUUAAACAACAACUACAAAGAUUGCAAGAAGAUAUGCAUGAGUUCAACCAAAAAGCCGAUCAAGAAAAAGAAAACUUCGAAAAACUAAUCUCAGAGCGGGAUAACGAAAUUGUAAAUCUAAAAUGCCGUUUCAAUGAAACCGUUGAAAAGAAAGAUAAUGAAAUAACUGAAUAUUACAAUGAAGUAGUUAAAUUAAAUAAUGACAAUAAUGAACUGGAGCGACAAAUUAAACACAAUAACGAGCACUCAAGGCAAGUUAUUGAACAGAAGAUGCAAGAAAUUCAAACACUACAAGAACAGAAGCUGUCUCUCCUACAAAGCCUAUCUGAUGAAACUACUAAGUUGGAGAACGUAAUAGCAGGUCUGAGAUCUGAACUAGAGACAGAGAAGCAAGCGAGAGCCAAGAUGAGAGAUAGUUAUGACAACCAAAUGAUGAAGUUAAAUGAGAAAAUAUUGAACAGAAACAAUGAACUAGUCGAACUACAAAACAAUGUUUUCGAAAAGAGUGAGAUGAUUGAAACACUACAAAUGAACUUGAGAAAUGAGAAAGAACUAUCGAAUAAAUAUAACAUGAACGUGCGCCACCUGAGUGAGCAGAAACGAGAAGUUGAAAAUAAAUUGCAUAAUAAAAACGAAGAAAUGAACGCGAUGCAACACAGUCUGGAACAAAAUAUUACGACAAUACUAAAAGAAAUUGAUCAUUUCAAAGUUCUUGUAGCUAACUUGCAAGAACACUGCAGUGUUUUGGAAGAAAGUAAGUCGCAGUUAGAGGGUGAAAUAAGAAGAUUUGAAGAGCUCCUCAAAGACACUGAAAAUAUAAAGAACGCAUUCAGUGAGGCGAGUGAAAAACUGAAAUGUGAAUUGGAUGAAAAGAACGCCAUCAUCAAUUCGUUGCAAACACAUUUACAAGACGAAAUACGCCACAAGAUUGGUUAUCAAGAAGAGUUGCAGAGACUACAGUCUGCCAAAAUGUACAUGGCUGAAGAUUUGAAUAAGUUGAAUGUCGAGUAUUCGAAAUUGAAAAUAGAGUUGACGGGGAAGGAUAGGACUGUUGAGUCCUUGGAGAUGAGCCUGCAAGAAACCAGAGAUGCAGUAAACAAGUUGAAGGCAGACAAUGAAAAACUGAACCUCGAUCUGACGAAAAUGUCGGAUGAGAUCGCGAAUAAAAACAAAGAUAUUGAAACCCUCAACAGUACACUAGAAACAACCAAAAAGAGUUUGGAAGAUGAGCUUUCGGAAAAGAAUCAAACGAUUGACUUUAAUAAUCACAAGAUAGCUAACUUGACGUCGAAGAAACAAGCCUUGCAGAACAAAAUUGAAUUAAUGAACGCAGAAAAGACAAAACUUGACAAUGAGUUGGCUACGAAAUCCAAACAGAUAUCACAGCUGCAGGCGGAUUGUGAGAAAUUGACUAAAACCGUUGACGAGAAUAAGAAAGCUAUCCGGAGUUUGGACCAGAAUAUGACAAAAGAAAAACAAAGAUAUGCUGCGCUUGAAAAAACUUAUGACUCUGAAACAACUAAGCUGAUGGGCAAACUGAAUGAAAACGAAAAAACCAUAAAAGAAUUAACUACAGGUUCUAGAAAGACUGUUAAGAAUAAAGAACACCAAAUACAGAUACUUACCAGUGAAUUAGAAAACUUGAAAAAAGCUAUGGAGGCGAACAAGGAAAGUAUUAACUUAGUAGAUAAAGAAAAGGAAGCUUUACUACAAAAGUUGGAAGAAGAAAUGUCAUACAAAACUAAAAUUGAAAAAGAAUAUCAAAAUCAAUGCGCACAGAUAGAGAACAUCACAUCUCAACUAAAUGAAGAAUUAACUAGCAAGAAUAAUGAAAUAGAUGCAUUAAAAUAUGAAUUGGACAACAUCAAGAAGACUAAUGAAGCAAAAUGCAAAGAAAUCCGAGUUUUAGAAGAGCGAUUGUCUAAAGAAGAUCAACUGAUCAGAGAUUUGGCUCACCAAAAAACUAUCGAGGCCAAGGACUUCCAAAAGAAGAUAAGUGAUUUGCAAACACUUAAUAACGAAUUGAAACAAGAAGUUAAAAAAGCGAAUGAAUGUAAGGAGCAAGCGAUAGCAGCAUUGCAGAAGGAAAAUGAACAGUUGCAGUUUGCCAUUGAAGAAGACAAUAGUAGCCAUGAAGUUAUUCUGAAGGAAAAAGAUUGCAUCAUUGACAGGUUAGAGCGGCAACUUAAAGUGCACACUGAUCAAUUAGAAUCCAUCAGGAAGGAUUAUGAGAACAUCACACUAACGUGGGAGAUAUACAAGGUGGAAACCAAAGAGAACAUACAAGCUAAAGAAGAACAAAUCAAAACUUUGUCACAUGAAGCAAGUCAGUUACAAGAAAACAUUUCUGAAAUAAAGUCCGAAAGGGAUGAAUUGGUUAAAAAGCUAGAAGAACUUGCUGAAGAAAUGAAAGUCUCCAAUAUAAACCACAAUGAACAAGUAAACCAGCUUGUUAAAGAACUUAACAACGAAGAAACGAAGCAAGCUGCUAUUGUGGAAGAGAAACAGGUUUUACACAACCAGUUGAUUGAAGAAAAAGCUGCUAGAGACAAACUUGAAACAGAAAAUGAACAAAAAAAUGAAGAAAUUGAAGUUCUUAUUGCAGAUAAAAACGAACUUCUAAAUGAGAAGGUUGUAUUGACGCAACGCCUUGUUGAAGAGAGAGCGGUGAAGUCAAUUUACGAGGAAGAAAGAAACUCACUCGUUUCUGAAAAGACAGCUCUCGAGAGGAAGUUACUGAAUCAAGUAGCCACGACAGAAAAUCUAAUGGAGAGUAAGGAAUGUCUUACCCAACAGCUUGUUGAAGAGAAAUCAGCUAAAGAAUUAGCGGAGAAAGAAAUAGAGAAUCUCUUACUAGAGAAAGAACUUAUAGAACAGAAGAUAAUGGAAGUGGAAAGCAACAAAGAAGAAAUGAGUAGAGAAAUAGACGAUCUGAUAGAAAAGCACAGCUUGCUGGACCAGCAGUGUAUGAAAGAGAGGGAAGCUAAUGAGAUUCUGAGUGGAGAGAAACUGGAAUUGCUUCAAACCUUGACAGAGGAACUGGCAUCAAAAGAUGAGAUAAUUAAAGAAAACGAGUUCUUAGUCAGUCAAGUAGAAUGUCUGAAACGUGACUUGCUUGAACAAAAAACUAUUCAAGAAGUUCUCAUCGGUGAAAAAGAAGUGUUGCUUGUUGAAAAAGAAGGUCUUGUCAAGUCGUGGGGAGUCGAAAAGUCGGAGCAUGAUGAAAUUGAAACUGAAAAAGAUCAACUAAUUACUAAACUGUGCGAGUUGAAUGAGAGUUAUAUAUCUAAGGCUGGCAUUGCACAGACAGAGCUUGAGAAGGUCACUCAAAAUGUUAACACUUUACAAAUUAACCUCAAACAACAAGAAGAACUGAAUAAUCAAAUUACGGCAAGUUUGACAGCUGGUCUUGACAAAGUUAUUCAAGGACUUAAGAGAGAAGGAAUAGCCAAUGAAUUUGUGGAGAAAAUAACCCAAUCUGAGGAUAAAGUCAAUCAGGCCAGUGACAAGUGUGAGACUCUUAUAAACAUUGCUAAUAUGUUAACUAGUGAGUUAGUUAUGAGGCAGAACUUGGUGAAAGCUCUCGAACAUGGCAAUAGCUCACUGGCGGAACUGAGGGAAGUUCUGAAGCUGAAGGAGAAUCAGCUGUUCGAUCUGCAGACGGAGAUCAAACGGCUGCAACAGAUCGUUAAUGAGAAUAAGAUUGAACUAUCAAAGCGUACCGAGACAUAUAACGCGACGAUCGAAAACAAGACGAGAGAUAUACAAACACUAACGAAAGAGAACCAAGCACUCACAAAUGACUUGAAUGAUGUCAAGCUACAGCUGGAGGUGAAAGUACAUUCUUUGAAGGAGAAACUAAUUGAUAACGAGAACUUGACUGACAAACUGAAGAUGACGUACGAAUGUCAGAUAGAUAACUUGAAUGUUAUGAUCACUAAGCUGUCGAAUUACUUGAAAGAUAAGACCUCGGAGUAUGAUGCUAUUAGGAGGGAAAAGGAACGACUGAUGCAAACUGUAGAAGAGAAUAGUCAAGCAAUUAAAGCAUUAGAAGAGGAGAUUAAACUUGAAGUUCAAAAUAAACAAAAAUUAAUAAAAGAUUUUGAUGCUGAGAGGCAGAUACUUAAGAACAUGGUGACUGUUACUGAGUCCAUUAUGGAAGAUCAGAAAGUGGCUUUGAACAAUAUCAUUGCAGAGCAUGUACGAACUAAUGAGGCACUGCAAGAAGAAAAGGAAGCUGUCACCAAAGCCUUAGAGAAAGAAAAGGAAAAUUCCAAAGUAAAAUUACAGGAAAAAGAUUAUGCUUUAGAAAUGUUAUUAAAAGAAACCGCCGAGGUGAAAAUUGAAAAAGAUAGCAUAGAGAAACAAUUAAAAGAAGUGAUUGAGAAUGAAAUAAAGAAUUUGCAAGUUAAGGUUGAGGAGAAAGAAAGUGCAUUUGAAUUGCUAGUUAAAGAAGUAGGUGUGCUUAUAAGUGCCGAUGGAGCCUCUCUCAAUAAAGAAAGUUUUGUAGCUGAAGUACGAAAAAUGAAGGACAAUUUGCAAAGUAAAAUUAUUGAAAAUAAAAAAAUAAAGGAACAAACUAAAGAACUAGAGGAUUUGGUACGAAAAUGUAAAGAUGAUAUAGUUAUGUUGGAAAAACGUAAUGAAGGGUUGAAAGGCGAAGGGAACAUGACUGAGCAAAAAUUACGAGGAGAAAUUGUAGAAUUACAGAAUUCAGUACAAGCACAAACGGCAACCAAUAAAGAUUUAGAGUUAACAUUAAAAGAAAAGGAUGCCAGUAUCAAAGAAUGUAACGAUAAACUCAAUUUACUUCAUGAACAAAUUCAUAUUCUUAUACAAGACAAAAAUAUUUUGGAAGAAGAGAAAAAGUCAAUAAGUGACAAUAAUAAAGAGUUAGAAAACAGUAUGAAGAUCCUCUGUCAACAGUAUGGAGAAGAAAAUUCAAAAUUGAACGAUGAAAUACAAAAUCUCCUUAAAACUGUUGAAAAUAACAAAACAGUGAUUUCUUACUUAGAGGCGCUGGUCAAAGAGCUUCAACAAAAAAAUAAACAACUUUCUGAGGACAUUCAGAAUGACAAACAGAACUUAAUCAGCAAGUGCGACAUAUUGCAACAAUACCAUGAUAAGGCUGAGGAACAACUCGAGGAAAGGCAAAAAGAAAUAAAUAUGCUACAGAAAGAAAUAAACACGUUGAAGGCCAAAGUACAACAAUGCGAAGAUGAAUCAAAAGCUAAAGACGCAAUUUUAUCUAAAAUCAGCAAAGAAAAAGACGCCGUCAUUACCUCCGUUACCAAGGAACUAGACGAACUCAAAGUUGCUAAAGAAAUGCUUGACCACGAAAUACAGGAGAAGACCAAGACUGUAAACGAAUUGAAACAAAAUUUGGACGAAAUUAACACACAGAGAGAAGCAUUACAUAUUCUGAAAAAAGAAAACGAGGAACUAAUCAAGGCUGUAGGAAUGCGAGAGACAUUUGCCGCUGUACAGACUCAAGAAAAGACUUCGAGCCACAAGCACUCUGGUCACGCGGAGAGGGAGCUCCGCGACUUCCAGCAUCAGGUAGAUAACACAUCUUCAGACAUCACACACUCAUCCGUGGAGAGCUUAAAGACCAUCACAGACUUAGAAAAAAUUAUCAAUGACAAGAACCGAACGAUCACGACGCUGCAGAGUGACGUCACGUACCUCAAGACCUUGAUGGCCGAGUCCGAAACUAAACUGCUCGACGUCACCAAAGAGCUCGAGUUAAGCAAGGAGAACUGCCACCAGUUGUCUAGUCAGCUUAAGAAAAUCGUACACCAGAAAAAUGAGGAGAUCGCUGACCUCAGGAAACAAGUGAACAAGAUGUCCGUCACUGAGAACAGAGCCACGCAGAUCAUUAAAGUGUCCGCCAAGUACCAGGCGAUCAUACUCAAGAGGAUCGCCGAGAUAAAGACCAACACUGUACUCAAAGAACUCACUAACUUUGGUAACUCUAACAACUAUGAUAGCGAAGUGAAGCGCAGCCUCAGUGCUGGGACUAUCACCAUGGAGGACCUCGAGAAUUUCCUGGAGACUACAGACAGACAUCUGAGGAAGUGCUCGGAGAAACAACUAGCGCUGCAGAAAGAACGCGAUCGACUGACUGAAGUGAACAAGAUAAACGAGUCGGAGAUACUGAACAUGAAGAAGUUCCUGACGGAACUGUCGGUCAGCUUCCAGACGUUGAGCUCCAUCAAGGAGCUAUACGCCACGAAGCUGAGCCGCGUCAUAUCCGUGCAGCGCACCGUGCGACGCGAGAUACUGGCGCUGGAGGGCCGCGUGGCCCCCGCCACGCUGGCGCGCCUCGAGCGCGGCCACGGCGCCGCCGCGCAGGACCUGGCCGAGGCCGCGCUGGCGCUGCAGCGCUGGCUGGAGCGCUGCAUGGCGCGGACGGUGUCGGCAGAGAAGCUGAAGCAAGCCUUCCUCAGCGACAGUGAGCGCACGUCGCUGGCCAGCGCUAGUUUCCAGAACGCAGGGCUGGAAGUGCAGCUGGACGAGCUGGAGAAGCUGUUCCAGCAGCUGCUGGAGGACGUGGCGCGGGCGCCGCGGGCGGAGCCCCCGCCCGGGGCGGAGCCCGGCACCGUCAUGGAGGUGCGCGCCGAGUACGAGGACAAACUCAACCGAAUGAAGAGUAAAAUGAAACAACUGUACACGGAGCAGAUCGCGGUGUACAAGGAGAAGCAGCGCGUGGAGGUGAGCGCGCUGGAGGCGGAGUUGUCCCGCGCGCGCGCCCGCCUGGCGGCCACGUCGCGCGCCUACGAGCAGCACGUGCGCGCGCUGACGGCGGAGCUGUGGGCGGUGGGGGAGAAGUUCCUCGCGCAGCGCGACCACGCCGCCGCCGCGCGCCGCGCCGCGCGCUCCGCCUCGCUCAUGUCGCUGCAACACGUGCACUCUUCUGGUCUCGUACCAUUCCAAGAAGAAGUAGACCGUCCCUUCGACUCUCACUCGCUGCGCUCUCUACCUGUAAACCACGGCGCCAAACGAGAUGACCGCGACCGCACGCUACACAUGUCGGACGAGGAAGGCGAGGUGUUCGACAAUCGUUGGUUGAAGGAGUUGGCCGCCACGCCGCGGCGCGCGUCCUACGCCCCGGGUCCCCGUGACCCCGCGGCGCCGGGUCCCCAGGACCCCGCGCCCCCCGGCCAGCGCCUGUCGGAGCUCCGCUGGCGCAACUCACUUUGCCCCCCGCACCUCAAGAGCUCGUACCCCGCUGAAACACAAUUCGCGCAAGCUGUCGACGAAGAAGAUAUUAAGUGUCUGGGCGCGGCGGGAGCUGCCGGGGGCAAGCUUCAGCGCAAGGAGGUCGGCAUCACUGCCUACAAGAAGCCAGGACCACCCACUCCUAGCAAACAGGCUGGAAGACUCUCCGCUACUGACUCUGAGCUACGCGAGUCGUUGCGUGUGGAGGCCGAGCCGCAACCGUCCCGUAAGACGAGCACACCGUCCCGCAUCCGAUCUCUGUUCCGAUCAUCGAAAAACGAUACCGCCGAAGGAACCCCACGAAGCAGAAGGCUGAGUAACAUUUUUAGAAAAAAGUAGUUUUAUUUUUAUGAAUUUGAUUUGUGAAACGAAAUUG